UCACCAUUGCCACCGUUAUCUCUUGUAGUAUCAUGGGGUGUUCCAAAGUUUUCAAUUUCAUUCUUGUGCUGUUAAUUGAAUAUACUUUGGUGAAUGGAUCCACCCCCAAGCAUUAUAUAGUUUACAUGGGAGAUCAGUCACACCCCAAUUCAGAAUCAGUCAUCAGAGCCAACCAUGAGAUGUUAACAUCAGUCACUGGAAGUCUCGGCGAAGGAAAAGCAGAAGCACUCCAUCAUUACAGUAAAAGCUUUAGAGGUUUCUCGGCCAUGCUUACUCCAGAGCAAGCUAAUCAACUUCAAGAACAUGAAUCAGUGGUAUCAGUUUUUGAGAGCAAACUGAAUAGGCUCCACACAACACAUUCUUGGGAUUUUCUUGGAUUAAACUCUGCCUACACAGGAAGCCAUGUGGCACUGGAUUGGGCAUCGGAUGUCAUCGUUGGUGUGGUUGACUCUGGUGUUUGGCCAGAAUCAGAAAGCUUCAGGGAUUAUGGAUUAGGCCCUGUGCCUGAGAGAUUCAAGGGAGAGUGUGUGACUGGUGAUAAUUUCACACUAGCCAAUUGCAACAAGAAAAUCAUUGGUGCCAGGUUCUAUUCAAAAGGUUUUGAAGCAGACGUUGGUCCAUUGGAAGAUGUGGUUAACAGGCAAUACUUCCGGUCACCACGAGACAGUGAUGGACAUGGAAGUCACACAGCCUCCACCAUAGCAGGAUCCAUUGUUGCUAAUGCCAGUUUACUUGGCAUAGGCAGAGGAACUGCGAGAGGUGGCGCGGCAAAUGCAAGGCUUGCCAUCUACAAGGCCUGUUGGUUUGGAUACUGCAGCGAUGCAGAUAUCCUGUCUGCCAUGGAUGAUGCCAUUCAUGAUGGUGUUGACAUUCUGUCACUCUCCUUUGGCCCUUCUCCUCCACAGCCCAUUUACUUUGAGGAUGCAGUCAGUGUUGGUGCAUUCCAUGCAUUCCAAAAUGGCAUUCUUGUUUCUGCUUCCGCUGGAAACUCCAUCUUCCCAGCUACUGCCUGCAAUGUUGCUCCUUGGAUUCUCACUGUUGCUGCUAGCACCCUCGAUAGACAAUUCAGAUCAGAUAUCCACCUUGGAAAUUCAAAAGUUUUGAAGGGUCUGUCUUUGAAUCCAAUAAAAAUGGACAACUGGCAUGCUUUGAUAUAUGCAAGUGCAGCCGCAGCGCCAGGAGUUCCAGCAACAAAUGCAAGCUUCUGUAAGAACAAUACUCUAGAUCGUAGCUUGAUAAAGGACAAAAUUGUGAUCUGUACAAUUGAGAAAGUCACUGAGAACCGAAGAUUGAAGGCUAUGGUAAUAAAGGAAGGUGGAGGAGUUGGAAUGAUACUUAUUGAUCACAAUGCCAGAGACGUUGGCUUUGAGUUUGUGAUCCCAGCCACUCUCAUUGGUCAGGAUGCCUUAGAGGACCUUCAAUCAUACAUCAACACAGAGAGGAAUCCCAUUGCUAGAAUCUAUCCAACAAGAACUGUUCUUGAUACCAAACCUGCACCAGAAGUGGCAGCUUUCUCCUCCAUGGGGCUCAAUGUAGUAACACCAGAUAUUAUCAAGCCUGACAUCACAGCACCCGGGGUAAAUAUUCUGGCAGCAUGGUCUCCGGUAGCAACCGAAGACACGGUGGAACAACGAUCCCUGGACUAUAACAUCAUUUCAGGAACAUCAAUGUCGUGCCCACACAUUUCUGCCGUUGCUGCAAUUAUAAAGUCUCACUAUCCCUCCUGGAGUCCUGCAUCCAUAAUGUCUGCAAUUAUGACAACAUCAAUUGUCAUGGGCAACACUGGUCGUGUCAUUGGAAGAGAUCCCAAUGAUACUAAAACAACACCUUUUGACUAUGGAUCUGGCCAUGUUAACCCACUUGCAUCACUGAAUCCAGGACUAGUAUAUGAUUUUAAUACUCAAGAUGUUGUCAAGUUUCUAUGUAGCAAUGGAGCAUCAGCAGCACAACUGAAGAACCUCACUACUGGAGGAGAAUGUCAGAAAUAUCCUAAUCCUACGGCUUCAUACAACUUCAACUACCCUUCCAUUGGUGUGUCCAAAUUGAACGGCAGUUUAUCCGUGUAUCGGACGGUUACCUUCUACGGCAAGGAAGCAACAGUGUACUAUGCAAGCAUUGAAAAUCCAGAAGGUGUGAAUGUUACAGUUACACCAUCUGAACUGAGGUUCGUGAAGGAAGGGGAGAAGGCAAGUUUCAGGGUUGAUUUGAAGGCAUUGAAGAAGAGCAAUGGCAACUUUGUAUUUGGUGGCAUCACAUGGAAGAAUGGCAUACAGAGGGUUAGGACUCCCAUUGGUCUCAAUGUAAUCUCCACUUCCUAUUAUUAA